AAAAUCGAUUGUUCUUACAAAUAGAACUUGUAAACAGAAUUGUUAAAAUUAAUUUAAGCAAUUACACCAUAGAGUAAUUGCACAUAAAUAUUGUAGUAUGGACUGCAAUCAUUUUAUUGAAGUUCCUCUACGUUCCGGUGGAGGAAAGAAAAUGAAGAAAAGGAAAGAACUUGAUGCUCUGGUUGCGCACUCCUUGACAAAAAGAGGCUCCCACCGUACAAUAAAUUCACAGGAUAAAUUGCUUUCAGUCUCAACCGAUGACCUUGAUGAUUUCGCAUGGAUGAGUGUUGCGAGCAUUCGACGAAAUAACAAGAAGCGAAUUUAUAUCCGCAAGUGUGGUCCCGCGCUUUUCUGCAUUGCAACAGUCUUUUUUGUGUCUAUAUUGUAUUGGGUAUACUUCGAUUUGCGCCAGCAAAUCUCCGAUUAUCAGCAAAAAUUUGAAGAAGUUUCGGCCGUAAGCAAAGUAUUUCCGGAUACACUUCAGCAGUGGCAUGAGACUACGUCGUUUCUUAUAAAAAAUCAGUCUUUAAUUAUAUAUCAAUUGAAUGAUCUGACUCAAAGCGUGGAAUUACUGGGAGCCAAUUUAAGCAGCCUCCAAGCAACCGUAAACGCACAACGGAACUAUGGCCAGGAUCAAAAGAUUGUUGCUGACUUUGGAGCCAAAUUGGAGGCCGUUGUUACCGAUAUGGAAGUGGUAAAGAAACACCUCAAUAAUUACGUCGAUGAUCAGAAAAGCCUUAAACUCGAAACGGAUAUUUUGAAGGGCAAUAUAAGUCAAUUGUCCACUGUUCAAGCGAAUUCUUCUUCAUCGGCAAAUUAUACAAAGGAUAUUAGCCAAUUUAAAGAAACUAUGGAAAAUACAUUGAACAAUGUGAAUAACCAAAUUGUUUCUGUUAAUAACACGUUAAGCCAAACAAUUAACAUACUGCAAGGCGAGAUAAUGGAAUAUAAAACAAAGUUGGAAGACCUUUUGGAUCGUUUUCAAAAUAUAACUUCUCAUGUCGCCACAUUGAGCAACAAUUGGUUGCAAUUCAAGCAAAAAAUGACAGUUGUCGACGAUCAAUUGAGCAAAUUCAAUGAAAAGAACAAACAAAAUGAUUUAAUAGAUCAAGUGUAACAUCAGCCAACGAAUCAAUAAACGUAACAACUUCAGCAGCAGCAGCAGCACGAGCAGCAACAGCAGCAGGAGCAGCAUUAUCAGCAACUAG